AAAUGUCGUAAUCUAUCCCCUUGAGAGAAAGCCUCUUCCCGUUCUCCUUCCUCCUUCUCCUCCUCCUCCUCUCGCCCAUCGGGUCGGAAAUUCAAGAAAAGAGAAACAAGCGCGUUAAACGUUUCGAAAACAGACCGCCGGCAUCCCACCUUCCUCUGAAAGCCCGAAGAAAAAAAAAAUUCAUUUCUGUAAUUAUUUAUAAAAAUUCUAUUUUUUUUAAUAGAAUAUGCUUUGAGAAGAAUUAUAAUUUCAUAAUUAGAAGCCUAAGAAUUUCAAUUUGUUUUGCGAUUAAAAUUCAGUUUUGUUGAUGGUUUUGUGUGGAAAAUUAAGAGGGGGAAGAAAGAGACGUCGGAGAUAACGACGUCCUUUUUAUUUAAAAAAAUUUUUCUCUCUUUUUUUUUUGUGGGGAGGGUUUUUGGGGGUUUCAAGAUGUGUGCGGCAGCGGCGACGGGUGACUGGUGGGCGAGGGGGAUAGCGGGACAGAUCGGAGGAGGGUUCAGCCACGAGAGCGAGCAUGACUUGGCUCUCAUGGUCAGCGACUUCCUUGAGAACGGCUGCAGCAGCGGUGCCGAUUCUUGGUGCAGCAGCGAUAGCGAGUCUGGUCUCUCCGAUCUCCAUCAUCUCGCCGAUAAGAUUUCGUUCUAUAGACGCUCAGUAGCUCAGUAUGAGAGUGAUUUACUGUCAUUGGUUCAUUCCCUUAUGGUAUCCAUCAAGGAGACUGACCUUCACCUUGUUAAGUCUGGUACAUGUAAUGCCAGCUGCAUUAGGUUUUCUUUGGUAAAGCUUUUGAGACUUGCUGGUUAUGAUGCUGCUGUAUGUUCAUCUAGGUGGCAGGGUGGUGGCAAGGUCCCUGGAGGGGAUCAUGAAUACAUUGAUGUGGUUAACUACAAUAGAAGCUCUGAGCGUUUGAUUAUUGAUAUUGACUUCCAAAGCCACUUUGAGAUAGCUAGAGCUGUGGACUCUUAUGACAGAAUAUUGAAGUCACUUCCUGUUAUUUAUGUGGGCACCAUGACCAGGCUGAAACAGUAUCUUCAAGCCAUGGUUGAAGCUGCUAAAUCUUCUCUCAAGCAAAACUCAAUGCCUCUUCCUCCAUGGAGAUCACUAGCUUACUUGCAAGCAAAGUGGCACUCACCAUACCAGAGACAUUUGAGCCCAGAGGAAGAAAAUUUUAGCAGCAUCAGCUCUUCUGACCAUAAGCAGUGCAGUGAACAUUUAAAAAGGCUGCAAUCUUCGCUCCAAUCUGAAAUGGAAGAAGAGCGACUCUUGAAGCCCAUGAACACCGAUAACAACUGGAGAGUGAAGCGUGAGAGGCGAAGACAUUCCUUUUUGAGGGGUCCUUGAAGUGUAUAGAAAUUUUGCCCGGGAAUUGCAAGUUCCCUUUGUGAGAGGUUAAUUGUACUGCGGCUUUCAUGUUCAGUAAUUCUUUUUCCUGAGAUGAAUAAAUGAAGUCCAAUUUUAUACAGAGGACAUAAAGGACAAUAACACAUCAUAUGUGGAGUCAUACAUUUUAUUUUCAUGUUUUGCGCAUUGGCAGCAAGUGACAGUAUCAGAUCUUCCGAACUGCGGGGUUUGUUAUCAAUCCGUGGCAGCAUCUCUGGCUCUGGUGGUACUUGUUUCACCAAAGUGCAUAAUUUGACAGGUCUUUAUUUGUUUAUUUUUAGUAUAAAUUCCAUCUUGAAUAUAUUCCAUGCCAGCUAUUUCAUGGCUAAGGGAAUUUUGUUCUAAUUUGUCUUUCUCCCCCCUCUUCUUCAUCUUCUUCAAUUUUUUAGUUACAUAUACUACAACCAAUUAAAAAGGUUGUUUGGGCGAUACAUACACUACAAGUUAAUGAUAUAAUUGAUGAGUCUGGUAGUUUAAUGCA